UACCCACCCGGCACUGAAAAAACCAGAAUGGCGUCUCGGCUCCUAUCUCGUUCUCUACUCAAUGGAGGAAGAAUGGCCCUUUUUCCUUCAGCCUUCGGUCGGUUCUACUCUACGCAUCCCAUCACCAAACCGGAGUUUUCUUCUCCCUCUACUUUCUCACUCCUCGGGACGUUGAUUGGCGCAGCCUCCGCCAACAUCCGCCAAUUCUCUCCGACUGCGGUUACCGCUGUUCGGGGCUGUGCGACUGUCCCAUAUUAUGAAAAACUGGAAGGAUGUGAUUUCGAGCACUGGGAAGUUAUAUUUCGGAGGUUUCAUCGGCAGGUCACAAGGGAUGAGAUCAUUGAUACCUACGUCAAAACGCUAGCUAUGGUUAUGGGAAGUGAGGAUGAAGCUAGGAUGAAAUUCUAUUCAAUUUCGACACAAGACAGUUACUCGGUUGGGGUCCUCGCAUCUGAGGAACUUGCAAAAGAAAUAGAAAAAUUGCCCAGAGUCCUGUGCGUGUGGCCUGAUUUUUAUCUGAUUCCGGAGGAGAAGCACUAUGCUGGUAUGAAAUUGGGAACCUUUUAUCAAUGGACAGGCUGCACUAUUUGACCCAAAGUAUUAUCGCAAUUGGAAGAAAAAACCUGGUUCAGAAACUCCUGCUGCUAUGAUGAAGAGGAAGAGGGAAGAGGCAAAAAGGAUAGGAGAAAAGAAUGCUUCUGCACAAAACUUGGCGUAGGACGGGUACUCGCGCAAUGGAAGGUUAUAACGGGAACGCGUGCGUAAUGGAACAGGAUGAGGCACUGUUGAGGCCAUUAGCGUUAUCUAGUAGUAGCUGGAGUAUUUUCUUUACUAUUGGGCUAUUAGCGUUACCUAGCAGUAGCUAUUUGGGUUUAUUUAGUAGUGUUAUCUAGUAGUUUUGUACAGUUAGUCUAAUUAGUUACCCCCCUAAGAAGCUUCAGGCUGUUUGGAUACUGAAUUUCCUACGAAGGAAAAGGAAAUGAAAAAUGAUUAGAAAGAUUUA